GACAUUUCAGAUUUCAGGACAGUUUGUUAUUACCUACGCUGGGACCAGCGCCAAGAUAAAAUCUCUAUAUUUUCUCCUCAAGACGUUGAUACAUCUCUCUGCACGCAUCUCAUAUACGCGUUUGUGAAGCUGGAAAAUAUCACACUUGGGAUUUAUGAAGAGAAUGACGAAAAAAUCUUUGAAGAGCUCAUCAAAUUAAAGGAGACGAAUAGAGAUUUAAAGGUGAUGUUAUCUAUUGGAGGUUGGAACGAGAUAAACACGGAUCUAAGCAUGAUGUUGUCGAACCAUGUGAGCAGGAAACAUUUCAUCAAUCAGAGUGUGGAAUAUUUGAGGAAGUGGAAUUUAGACGGACUCGAUUUCCACUUCUACCACCCUAUAAAUGAAUGCAAACAAAAACUCACCUAUUUGAUUCAGGGUCUGCGUGAUGCCUUUACAUCAGAAAGCAGGACAACAGGCAAACCCUCGAUGGAAUUGAGCAUUGCAGUACCCGGAAACACGGAGGACAUUAAGAAUGGCUUCGAACUUGAUCAGCUGCACAAAAAUCUGAACUUCGUUAGCAUAAUAGUGUAUGAUUAUGAUGGGUGGUCGCAGAAUGUUACAAGACACAAUUCACCAUUGUUCUCUAACAACAAUUCAUCAUCAUUGAGUUGGAGUACUAGCUACGUUGAACUGAGUGGAGUUGAGCCAUCAAAAAUAGUUGUAGGCGUUCCAUUGUACGGCAGGUGCUUCAUAUUGGAGGAUUCCAACAACACAAAAGUCGGCGCGCUUGUUGCUGGUCCAUGUCCAUCUGGAGAGUAUAGUCAUAUACCAGGAGUAGUGUCUUACGCUGAGAUAUGUUUGACGUACAUCAAUAAUCCUGAAACUAAAUUUUACUGGUCUGAUGAACACCAAGCAUCGUACCUCGUCUACAAAAACCUUUGGAUCAGUUAUGAAAACGAACGAAGCCUUGUCAGAAAGGUCGAUUACUUAUACCAAAAAAAUUACGGCGGGUGUAUGGCCUGGAAUCUGCAAUUUGAUGAUUUCAAUGGAAAUUUUUGUAACACCGGACUGAGGUUCCCACUUUUGAAAGUUCUAAGUGGAGAACGUGACAUAAAGUAUGUCCAUCUUUCUCAUUUAUUUUGUUUCUAA